AUGACGUAUCAACAAGUUCAAUAUAAAGGGCAAAAAAAAAAUAUUUCAAUUAGCGUGAUUGACAACCAAGAAUUUGUUUUGUUACAAGAUAUACAUGAUAUAUUUCCGAAAAUAACUGUUUUAUUAUCGAUUGAAGAUAAUCCAAUUCAAUUUGAAAUGGACGACAAAGGCAAUCGAUUAUUGCCAUUAAGAUUAAAAGCUUAUUCAAAUGAUGUACUUAUUGGAUAUUCACCAGAUGAUAGUGAUACGAGUGAUAAUAGCCAAGGAACAAUAGCAAUGACAACAAUGACAAUGGUAACAAAAACGAAGGAAAUGUUGCUUCCUCUAUUGAUAAAAUUAUUAUUUUUUCUGUUCAUUAUCGGACUCGAGUUGAAAAGUAAGUUUUUUCCUUCAAGUGCAGAAGCGGCUCCGCUAGUCGAAAUUGAUGAAAACAAUUCGACCGAAAUUGUUGAAAAAAAACAUAAUGUCACGGCGGAUGAUACCGAUGAAUUGAUAAAAAUGAAUAUAGAUUUUCGUGAACAAGAGCGUUGCUUGAACGUUCAACGACCAUUGAUAUCACAGGAAAUGACAUCAUUUUCUAACAUUCUUGAGAAAGGAUAUGUUACAGGUGUAACGUUUAACAGCUCUAUUGGAGAAAAUAAGGAAGCAACAAAAAUAUUUUCAGAAAAUUUAAAAGUAAACAGUGUAUUAACCGAGGUAACAUUUAAUAGUCCGUUGAGGGACGAUGAAAUUGAAGCUGUAACUGAUGCAUUGAAAGAAAAUGAGAAAUUAGAAAGUGUGCAAAUGGUCGGAGUUAUUUCAGAUAGAACAACAGAGCUUAUAGCUAAUGCAUUAAAAAUAAAUAAAAAAAUUGAUAGAAUCAUCAUCAAUGGAGAAAAGGUACCGUAUUUCGAUGAAGCUCCGACAGAUAAUCUCAGUAUGGUUCAAAACAAAAUAUCUGAUAUAGGUGCAAAAGUUCUUGCAAGUGUUCUUCAGACAAAUGAAAAACUCGAAAGUGUCGAUUUUUCAGUAAAUCGGAUAUCGAGUGACGGAGCAAAAUAUAUUGCACAAGCAUUAAGUUUUAAUGAACAUGUAACUUCACUUGAUCUGUCUAAAAAUAAAAUAUCGGAUGAUGGAGCCAUAGCUAUUGCGGAAGCAUUGAAAAUAAAUAAAUCUGUAACCUUUCUUGAUUUACACGGUAAUCAAAUAGCCGAUCGAGGUGCAAAGGCUAUCGGUGAAAUGCUUUCUCAAAAUACGACGUUACACUAUUUCCAUCUUGACCGUAAUAAAAUAUCAGAUAUUGGCGCAAAACAUAUUGAAAAAGGUUUAUGUGAAAAUAAAAACUUGUCAAUGUUUUGGCUUAGCGGUAAUCAAAUAUCGGAUAGUGUUAAUACUGAAAUACACGAAAAAGUAUCGGAAGUUAAUAAGGGUCUGUUGUGGUGA